AUGCCCUGCCCUGGACGCAUCGCUACCGAGCGUCUUGACCCUAUUGUCUCCCCUGGCGGCAUCUCUGGUCACGUCCACACCAUCUCCGGCUCAAACGGAUUCAAGCCUGAGAUGACAUAUGCUGAUGCUCGUGGAGGUGCAUGCUCUUCAUGCCCCAUCAAGCAAGACAUGUCCAACUACUGGACCCCCAAGCUCUACUACCAAUCUGAGAACGGCACAUUCAUUGACGUUCCCCAAGCUGGUGACGGCCAAGGUGUCUACGGUGGUAUGACUGUUUACUACCUCCAGAGAGGCGGUCCCAACAACGACAACCUUACUGCUUUCCCUGAAGGCUUCCGUAUGCUUGCUGGUGACCCCUUCAAGCGUGCAGAGACCGACGACUUUGCUGGCCAGGCUGUCAGCUUUGUCUGCCUCGACUACAGCGGUACCUCUUCUUACACCAGUGGCCUUCCUAACAAGGUCUGCCCUGAUGGUCUGCGCGCUCAAGUCUUCUUCCCCUCUUGCUGGGAUGGCCAGAACCUUGACUCUGCCGACCACAAGUCCCACAUGGCUUACCCUACCAAAUACUCUUACGACAACGGUCCUUGCCCUGCAUCUCACCCUGUUCACAUGAUCUCCAUCUUCUACGAGAUCAUCUACUCCACUGCCGGCUUCGAUUGGUGGAACGGCACCAACCAGCCUUUCGUUUUCGCUCAAGGUGACCCUACUGGCUAUGGGUUCCACGGUGACUUCAUCAACGGCUGGGAUGUCCCCACUCUUCAGGAGGCAACCAACACCUGCAACAACGACUCUGGUCUCAUCACCGACUGCCCUGUUUUCGACUUCUUCACCACCGCCGAGUCCCAGGCUUGUGUCAUUGCCCCUGUCAUCGACGAAGCUGUCACUGGUGAAUUGGCAAAGCUCCCUGGUUGCAACCCUGUCACCUAUGGCCCUGGCGAGGCUCCUUACCACGAGGCUGGUUGCACUGACAAUGCUACUCUUGGAUACGAACCCGUCUACUACCAGAACAUCACCGGCUGGGACUACGUUGGUUGCGCUCCCGACUCUGUCAGCAGCCGCACUCUUGCCAACUCGACUUACAUGUCUAGCGAUAUGACCGUUGAGAGCUGCUUGUCAUACUGCAAGGGCAAGGGUCUCAACUACGCUGGUCUCGAGUACGCUACCCAAUGCUACUGUGGUUCUUCUCUUCCUGCCGCCCUCGCGCCCACCCCCGGUGUCCUCGGAAACUGCUUCUCUCCUUGCGCCGGUAACUCUUCGCAGUACUGCGGUGGUGCCAACCGUCUCAGCAUCUAC